CUGGCAGACUGUCGAUCAGCGGGGUUCUCAACAGUGCCCACCACACUCAGUACAGAAGUGCAAGAGCUUAACUUAGCCAACAACAACAUUAUAUACCUGGAGAAGGAUGCUUUCAAGAAGGCCGGACUGGUCAACCUGCAGAAGCUGUACCUGAAGGACAACCAGAUCCGCAGUGUGCACAAGGACGCCUUUUAGGACUUGCGGAUUAUGAUCGAACUCGACCUAAGUGGCAACAGAAUCGACAAGCUCCAUCCGCAUACCUUCACGGGUCUGGAGAAGCUCCGUGUGUUGGACCUCAGCAUGAAUCAACUCUCACGGUUAGAUGGGGUCCAGUUUCCUCCUCUGCCUCACCUCCGUAAACUUUACUUCCGGGAGAAUAAACUAAAUUACAUCCAUAACUUCGCCUUCUCCAACCUCAAGCUUCUCGACUCCCUAAGGUUAUCAGGUAACCAGCUCAAGUUGGUGCAGCCUGAGCUCUUCACCAACAACACCAACCUGGUGGAGUUAGAGCUUCACGACAAUCAGUGGGUGUGUGACUGUCACCUCAAGAAUCUCGUCCGCUGGGUGAAGAGCAGGUCACUUCUUCAGACGCAUGUUACCUGCCACUCACCUGAGCGAGUCUCAGGUCGUAAGUGGGAGGAAUUGUCUGAGUAUGAGCUGGCGUGUAGACCAAAUCUUGUAGUACCUCAGUCUCAGAUCCCGGCUGCCCUGGGCCAGAACGCCUCCAUGACGUGCCGUGCCUCAGGUGACCCACUACCCCAGCUGAAAUGGGUCCUUCAUGGCCGAGUGUUGACCAAUAUGUCCAUCAUACCGUUCUCUCAGCCAGAGCAGAGAUAUGUGGUAAACGAAGUGGUGGAGGGUGAGGAGCGCUGGACCCAGCUCACAGUGACCCACAUGUCAGAUCAUGACUUUACUUACUACACCUGUGUGGCAGAUAACUUAGCCGGAUUAGUGGAGCAAAAUAUAUCCCUCAUCCCAGCCACCCCGACACUACCUGGGGCUAUUAGUCCUAAGACUGGCCUCGACCUGUAUAUAAUUAUUGCUAUAGCAGCAGGUGGUCUGCUGUUGUUGAUUCUCAUCCUUAUUUUAAUUUGUUGCUGCCUGAAAAAGCGGAAGCGUCAUGAAUCAAAACCUCGGCCGAAGGUGAACGGUGUUGCUGGCGGGAAUCACAUAGAACACAAAAAUGUGCUGAUUGUCAACCCCGUUGAGAAGCCUCCACGCAAGUAUGAGAAGGUGCCACAGACUGACCUGGAGUUGAUGGCCCUCAACACUGAUCCUGGAGCACACAGGAAUUAUGAUGAGGUAGACUACCCUGAAGCUGGUCCUGCCUCUCACCGCACUCCCCUGGCUACGCUGGAAGAGGAGGACGAUGAUCUUCCCUCCCAGGAUACCACCCUACCUCUCGACACCACCGCCACACCCUCACACUGUGCCCUCGCUGACUAUAUGGCGCACUACCCAGACUUGCUGGACAUGACACGACCCAGAGCCGUGUCACCAACACAGCUCUCCUAUCACUCGCUGGUGGCUCCUCAGUUCACAACACCUGGGGAUUGGCGCUACAGCUACACUCAUCCAGAUUACCCUCACUACCCAGUGGCAUAUGCGCCGCCCCACCAAGUGCAGCAGCGGCCUGGGUAUGUGACUCUCCCACGCAGGCAUCGCUCCCCUUCCUGGGCAGGCCACCCCUCAUCAGUUGAGCCAGACAGCACAUCACCACCUCCAGCCAGUGAGGAUGGGAAAGUGGUUCGUCUAGAUCCCAUCUACGACACACUAGGACCACGUACUACUGCUGAUGGUACGUCACGUACUGAUCUUACCCGGCCAGCAUUACGUGCUGCAGAACCAUUCACUCCACGUACACCACAGUCCCCUAACUCCCCACCUUCUCUUCCACCUUACUACACCCCAGUUAAUCAGAGUACCCAGCCUGGCCGCCUUCAAUCCCGAAAUCAAAGCUCUACACUCCCUCGAUCAACACCCAACCUGCUUGACGGCAACAGUGGUCUGAGCAUCCCUCAACAUGAGACUCCUUCCUCUCACCUGAACGCACGCGCGCGUCUGGCUGCCCACUCUCCGACACCGUCCAAUGCUAGUACAGUACGCACCGCCUCGCCUGCUUACCGUACAUCAUCUCCCGUUGUUUCAGUGUCCCCUCAACACCACUCCCCUCAUCAACCUCCCCUUAACGGCCACCACGCCACACCCAGCAAAAAUCCUCUGGGCUCCAGUAACGAGUCUACUCUGGACAGUUCCUCCCAACACAACAACAACAAUAACUCUGUGAGUGGCAAGAAUAAUGUCAACAAGGGUGACAUUAGCCUGGGGUCGCCAGGAGGCCCAGUCAUCGUGGCCACGUCUGGUAAGAAGGUUCCCCCUAAACCACCACCAAAACCCAAUAGCAAACGGCUCUCCGUAUCCUCAACAACUAGUGACUCAAGGAAAGCUUCCCUGGGUGAUAAUGGCCGAGUCUUCCAAGAUGAAGGACCUGAUGGUACUGAAGUGUGAAACUAAGUCUUAAACCUCAGGUCUAGUGUGUGUGUAUAUGUGAGACAUUGUUGGUAGAGCCAGGACGUAAAAGUAGGGGAUGAUGAUGAUGGGGGUAGUGUAGUGAACAAAAAAUUGGGAAUUGUUUAUUGAUGAGAAUCUGUUGGAGCUGCACAGGAAUGUUGUCGAGAACCAAGACUGGACAUCCGUGUUGGGUGAGUGGUGGAGCAGCCAAGGUGACGGGGAGGUGGUGUACUAUAGGCUGGCUCUAGUGAUUCACAAGCCUUCCAGUGUGGUGAAGAUUUUUUUUUUUUAAUUUUGUACUUUUGGAUAUGAUUUUGUGCAUAUGUUAAGUGCAGGACAUGUACAGUACAGUAUAUAUAUAUUGUGGAAGCUUACCAAGACAGAUGUAUGGUGGAAGUGAUCCCGUACAGUAGAUGGUGUUUGAUAAUAAUACACCAGGACCAGUGGGUGUGUGAGACGACAACCUGCAUUUAAAUAUGGAUGAACAGUCCAUAUGACCUCUGCAGUUUGCUGUGAAUAUAGAUUAUAAUCUUCAAACCGAAGUUAAAAAAAUGUUAGUUGAUUUAGAUGGAGUUUGAUUACUAUGCUAAAUAUAUAUUGUAUUUUCAUAACGCAAGUAGCACCAAAUUUUGUAUGUUCAUAUUUAUUGAUGAGAAAGCUUAUGUGAAAUCAUAGCGCAUAUCUAGUGACCAUUUGUGUAUAUUCUGCAUCCGCAUGAGCCAUGGCAACCCCAGUUUGGUAUGACGCAGUUUCAAUAUAAAUUAACAAAUUGUUGCAUAAUUACGAUGAUGUUCAAGUAUUAAGGACACAGACUUUUGCUGCGGGUCCUGGUAAACCUUGUGGAGGAUGACAACUGGUCACCUGGUCCACAGUGUGUAUGAUGCAGGGUUCUUAUACAUAGAAGAUUAUCUCAACACACAUUAUCCUCUCCUGUGUGACCAUUACUCUUGUGGUGUUUAUUGUUGUGUCUGUGAUGUCAUUAUGGCGUGGCUUUCUCUGGCCUCUUCGUCUUGAAGCUACCAUGAAAGGAAAGUUGCUUUUCAACUUAGUCUGGAAAACGAUUGCAAAAAAAGGUUCAUUUUCAAGUUAGUAUGGAAAUCUACCACAAUAUAUUUUAUUUUAUUUUUCAUGGUAGUUCACAAAUUAACGCAUUUAUCUUUUUUUUCAAGUUAGUCAAGAAAUUACCACAACAUUUUUUAAAGUUUGUCUGAAAUUACAAUAAUGUAUUAUUAUUGGCAGGUGUAGUGUGAAGAUACCAUAGAUAUAAAGUUUCUUUCUAAGCUAGUUUGAAAAUUACUACUUACACAAAAAAAAAAAUAUUUUUAAAGUUAGUGUGAAAACUAUUACAAAAUGAAAGUUACUUUUCAAGUCACGCAGAGAACAGUGAGCUUACCGUGGUGGAGCUGUGUACAGGGACCCUGACUAUGAUCAGUUGUGGUGUGGCAGUGUUAGGAGUGUCAAACCUGACUGUAGAAGUACAAACUUGUAAUAACAAUCGCUGUUUACAAUCAGUUAGCUAAAUGGACCUUCCAGACCUAAUUUUAAAGUAGCGGUAAAAAUGUGAAAAUUUCUGCAACCAUAAAUUAUUUUGUGUUGGCUUUGGGCCUCGACUACAAGGGAACAAUUUGAGGUGCUUUGUUCUUGUCAAGCUUCCUUCAUAGUGUUUAUCAUUUACAAGUUUGUGGAGUUCAGUUUAGUUUGAUUGAGUGAAGUGACUUUCACUCUUGCUACAGUAUAUGUUAACCUGUUUCUUUUAGUUGUGUGAAGAUUAUUUCCAUUAUUCAUUCUGUAGGAAGUUUGGAUUAUGUUUGCUUGCACACACUUGGCUUUUUUUCCUCAAAAUUAGCUUUUAUUUUCUAUAAUUUUACCAAUGCAGAAGAUUUCGGUUAUUAAGGCUUUGAUCUCUUUACCGUUUGAGUAAUGAAAACGAGUGCCAACUAGGAGUGUUGAAGUUGAUUCAUUCAUAAAACAAUGGCAUAAAAGACAUUCAGAAUGAGAGCAUCAUACCGCAGACCUUACAGGGUGGGUGAGGGAGAGACACAACCCACCUCUUCUUUUACCCCCACACAAUUUUUGAUGUACUGAAAUGCCUCAAGCUCCCACACCAAGACACUAAUUUACUUCUUUCAUGUGGGAGACUUAGUGGGAAUGCAACUUCUUGUCUGUCUUCUUAGCAAAACGUGUGUUUUAGUUCAUAAAAAACAAAAAAACAAAAAGAAAAAGAAUAAAGAAACAUGCCCCUUGUUGCUGUGAUGUCAUAAACCUGUUUGUCAAAUUCAAUUGUUUUAUCCAUUUUAUUUCUGUCAAAACUUGGCUCAUUUUUCCAUAUAAAAGUAUAAGACGGUUGUGGUGUUGAUGGCCAGAAUCUCUCUUGCUCCGUGUGAGGUGUAAGAGGAUGCUCAAAUCACCUGGUCUUCUGCCCUGAGUGUUGCCUGAAGGUGAGUGCUUCCUGACGAUGUAACCUGGCAUAGGCAAGAACCAGUAAAGUCAGCUUCUUCGAGUUGUAAGAUACAGAUGCAUUCCCAACAUAGACAGAUGAAUUCCAGCACUUACAGGUGUAGCCUAGAAAGACAGGUGUUCCAACAUGUGUAGAAGAUAGGCUAGGAGGCCAAGGAGCAGAGGACCACAUUAGAGUAUUUCUUUGAUAUGUUACAGUUCCUUAGGUGAUGUGGUCAGUCGUAUAGUGUGGCCAAUCAGAUAUUGUUACCAUAGUGUGGUACAGGAUAAAAAAUGUGGCUAGGGUGUGUUGCAGGGUAGGAAGGUGUGGCCAGGGUGUGUUGCAAGUUAAGAAAAUGUGGAUCGGGUGUCUUUCAGGAUUGGAAUGUGCGGCCAGGGGGGGAUUGCAAGAUAAGAAAAUGUGGCCAGGAUGUGUUACAGGGUAUAUGGCUAAGGUAAGAAAGUGUGGAUAGGGUGUGAUAGUUUGACCAAGGUGUGUUGCAGGGUAAAGAAUAUGUGGUCAGGGUGUCUUGCAGGGUAAGUGAGUGUGACCAAGGUGUGAAAAUGUGGCCUGGGUGUAUUCAAGGGUAACAAGGGUAUACAGGUAGUAGUAAUGAAAAACUACUGGUGUGGCCACGGUUGUGUUCGAGGAGCAAGAUGGGUUGGCCACACAUCAUUCAAGUCAAAAAGAAGAAAAUACAUGAAAAAAAAAAGAUCAAUUUGUGAACAUUCCUACAGAGACGAUGUCCUGGUAACUGUAAGGCACAAAUUGAAAGUUAAUAAAAGAUUACAUGAAA